UCCAGCCGCGGGCUGAGCGCGGAGCCGCGGCGGGCGCGGGAUCCGGGCCGGGGCGCGAGCCGAGCGCAGCCUCCCACCUCUGCUGGGCCGAGCGGGCAAAGCGGGCGGAGCGGGCACGGCGCGCCGGGGCCGCCGCCGGGGGGAUGCGGCUGCCUCCCCCGGCCGGCGUGUAGAGAGGGCGGGUCCCUGGCCUCGGGAGCGCGGCGGUGGAGGGGACAGAGGCGGCGGCCAUGGCGACCCCCGGCAACCUGGGGUCCUCCGUCUUGGCGAGCAAGACCAAGACCAAGAAGAAGCAUUUCGUAGCGCAGAAAGUGAAGCUCUUUCGGGCCAGCGAUCCGCUGCUCAGCGUCCUGAUGUGGGGGGUAAACCACUCGAUCAAUGAACUGAGCCAUGUUCAAAUCCCUGUUAUGUUGAUGCCGGAUGACUUCAAAGCCUAUUCAAAGAUAAAGGUGGACAAUCACCUUUUUAACAAAGAAAAUAUGCCGAGCCACUUCAAGUUUAAGGAAUACUGCCCGAUGGUUUUCCGUAACCUGCGGGAGAGGUUUGGCAUCGAUGAUCAGGAUUUCCAGAAUUCCUUGACCAGGAGUGCACCCCUUCCCAACGAUUCCCAGGCGCGCAGUGGGGCUCGAUUCCACACUUCCUACGACAAAAGAUACAUCAUCAAGACCAUCACGAGUGAAGAUGUGGCCGAAAUGCACAACAUCCUGAAGAAAUACCACCAGUAUAUAGUAGAAUGUCAUGGGAUCACCCUUCUUCCCCAGUUCUUGGGCAUGUACCGGCUUAAUGUUGAUGGAGUUGAAAUCUAUGUGAUUGUUACAAGAAAUGUGUUCAGCCACCGUUUAUCUGUAUAUAGGAAAUACGACUUAAAGGGCUCUACCGUGGCUAGAGAAGCCAGCGACAAGGAAAAGGCCAAAGAACUGCCGACUUUAAAGGAUAAUGAUUUCAUCAAUGAGGGCCAAAAGAUUUAUAUUGAUGACAACAACAAAAAGGUGUUCCUGGAAAAACUGAAAAAGGAUGUUGAGUUUCUUGCCCAGUUAAAGCUCAUGGACUACAGCCUCCUGGUGGGAAUCCAUGAUGUGGAAAGAGCCGAACAGGAAGAGGUGGAGUGUGAAGAGAAUGACGGGGAAGAGGAUGGGGAGAGCGAUGGUACCCACCCUGUCGGGACCCCUCCGGACAGUCCUGGAAAUACACUGAACAGCUCACCGCCCUUGGCUCCAGGGGAGUUUGAUCCAAACAUUGAUGUUUAUGGAAUUAAAUGCCAUGAAAACUCGCCCAGGAAAGAGGUGUACUUUAUGGCAAUUAUUGACAUUUUGACUCAUUAUGAUGCAAAAAAGAAAGCUGCCCACGCCGCAAAAACUGUUAAGCAUGGCGCUGGUGCAGAGAUCUCGACCGUGAACCCAGAACAGUAUUCAAAGCGCUUUUUGGACUUUAUUGGCCACAUCUUGACGUAACCUCCCACAUGGCCUUGGACGGACAUGAGCACGGGAAGGAAAGAGGUGGCUUCGGUGUAGGAAAAAUGAAAACCAAACUCAGUGAAGCACACCUCCUCGUUUACAUCUUCAGGCCAAGAUGACUGAUUUGGAGGCUACUCGCUUUAACAGCUACCUGAUAUUUCCCAGCAUCGUUCUAGCUAUUUCUGACACGUGUGCGUGCGUGCGUGUGUGUGUGCCUGUGCGCGUGUGUAUGCGUGUAUCUUAAAAAAAUAAUUAAUUAAUUAAUUAAUGCAAACCAGUCAGCUUCAGUCAGAGUGCAUUUGGGCAACAACCCUCUGAUUCCAGCUGUGGAUGGAUGGAUGGAUGGAUGAGCACAUGUGGGGGGAGGGGGCGAAGGAAAUGCAUGUCAGACCAACCAUGUUGGCAUCACGCGAUAAACUGUGGAUCAGUUUAUUUUUUGGAGUUGAAAGAUGUGACAGUAUUCAUAAUAAUGAAGAUAAUAAUAAUGAUAAUAAUGAUGGUGAUUAAAAGAAAAAAACUUACUGCGAAUGUUACAUUUCUACCACGCACGCGGACACUCCUUAAUAGUUGCCCCCCAAGCCCCUGGCGCUGGGCGGGGGGUCGCUGGCAUCUCCAGCACGCCCUGGCUCAGGGUUCUGCCUCCACAGUGUCGGGGCUCCUGGCGUCCAGGGACAAAGGCCCCUCCUCUAGCAAGAAGCUGAUGCCCCUAGUGACUCUUGUCUGUACAUUUUCACCUCAGUAAGUAUGUCCAGGAAAACUGCUUACUUCUCUUUUCUUGCCUGGAGCUUCUUCACUCUUACACUCUUAUGUUGCAAUAUAGGAAAUAAUGCUACAAAAUAAAAAUAAAGCUUCCCUGCAAAGUGCAUAGUUUUGGGCAAUGGUAUCUACAUCUCCUACAGUGGGAAGGUGAGCAGAGCAUUAGAACUCUGAAUUCUGUUAACGAAGGCAAAUCUGAAUUCUAAGAUGUUUAUGUUUCACCAUUGGUUAAACAGUGGUAUUUUGUUAUCAAUUAUCCCUUUAACUGAAACCCUCAAUUUUACUGUUUACAUUAUUAGGAAAACAGGGAUAUUUUUGAAUCUAAAAAUUUAAUGUACAGCAUGUGAUUUUUUGAAGUUUACAUGUAAAGUCAUUUUACAGUGUAGGUGAAAUAAUGUUUGUCAUAUUUUGAAACGUAUCCUGCAGUCAUGUUUUUGGGUGAAUGAUUUAUUCAAGUACAUGGUAGGCAGUCUUAUACAAUAAAAGGAAA